CUCCAACUCCGCAACCUUUCUUCCUUCCAUCAACCCGCAGACAGCGCGCGGGCUGGCCUCGAUUCCAACCAGCCACGCUGGGCACGCUCGGUGUUUGCUUGGAAUCUAUUAAUCACCGUUGCAACUUGCGAGCCCUGUCUACAACAAUGGCUCCGAAUCUCCGUUCGUCGUCCCACGCCUGGUCGAAUAACUCUCGCCCCUCCACUCCACUUGGCGCACCUACUACUGCAAGCACUGCUUCUUCGCUCACCGAUUCUACACGGCCUCGCAAGCAGCGCCGCACUGGCUGGAACAGCCGCGUGGCUACCGAUCCUCCUCAGGACCCGCCCUCUCGUACCCAGUCGCGUUUGGAACAAUCGAAGAAUGAGGCUUCAGACACUCUAAGUGAUACAAACCUUCUUGAUAGCAGUGCCGGAUGGGUUGAACCACCAUUGAGAGAGCCUGAGCCCAGCUUCGCAGACACGCCAUGGUGUAAUGUGUCCCAUCACGCGAACCCCGUACUGUCCAGUAUGCGCCCACUGGGAACCAUGCCGUCGGCUGCCGACUUGCGCAAGGUUGGACUGGCACCUAUCAAGCCCAGUGUCCAGAACAUCUCUGCGAAGAAGGAGUUACGGGCCACACCGAACGGCGAGGGAGGUGAUACCAAACCUCAGACCCCCUUAACGCCCGCCGAAGAGCCGAUGGACGAACCUCUGUCUACUAAGAACAAGGCCUCGCCGGACAUGUCUGCUUUUACUUCUCUGCCUGUUCCUACAUCAACCGAUGUAGACGUCGAUCGGAUCAAGGUUGCUGUCGAAAAAGCCCUCCGACUGGCGCUAGAGACCAACAAUCGCCCUGUUUCACGCGGUCUCAUCAGAUUGUGGGAGACAUGCAACAAAGACCCUUUUGCGCUUUCUAUUCUCGACGGCAUCUGCCAGGAAAACCCCGGCCCGCGGGAACGCUCAGCCUUCCAGAGUGUUAUGCGCGCUGCAUGGAAGGAGGUCCAGGCGGAAGCCGACGAAGACAUUGCCACGGCACCUGUCUUGGCUCGCCCCCGGUCGGCCAGCAGCAUUUCAUCACUCUCUUCGGCGGUAUCCCUUGAUGCUGAGACUUUUGCCCCCGGCAUGGCUCCUGGAGCGGCAACUUCCCGUGCUCGCGCCAGGGGUAAAAAGGCCAAAAGGGGUGCACCUAAGAAGAAGGAGCCAGUCGCCCCGCCCAGUGCUGCUACGGCUCCCCCACAGAAGCAUGCGCUUGAAGACGAGCCGAACCCCGAGGAAGAGGCACGAAUCAAACGUACUCGCCUGCAGAAGCCUCUCCCAACCAUUAUAGCUUUGGAAAGUCAGAUGCGUUCCUCAUUGGCUUCUGACCCACAACAGUCUAAUGUGCCAUCUCCUGUCCCCACUGCAGCCAGUAGAUCUCAACCAGCAUCACUGGGAGCUGGCGUGAGUAGCAGACAGCGCUCUGAGAGUCCAGCCAGUAGUGAUGCCGGCGACAACCGACGACUGACACCUACCCUGACAAGCGACAACGAACGCCAGGAGAACAACGACUUUUGCCACAAUUGUAACGGAAGCGGCCAGCUGCUGUGUUGCGAUGGCUGCCCAAAUUCUUUCCACUUCUCCUGUCUUAACCCGCCAUUGGACCCGGCAAACCCUCCAGAGGGGGAUUGGUUUUGCCCGAAAUGCUCGUUGUCAAAGCCUAUGACGUCUUUGCUGGGUUCCCUGGACAACGCUCCACAGAAAGACUACCUCUUACCCCUUGGCAUCCGCGAUUACUUCACCGGUGUGGCUACGGGCGAAGAGAACAAAUACGAUGAAGUCGUGCCACUUCCCAAGUUCUAUCCCCGCCGAGGAGCCCGCCAUGGCCGUUAUGAUGACCCUUAUCUGCUACGAACACAGGAUGCCAAAGGCAAUGUGAUUCUUUGCGCAGCUUGCGGUCGCACGAGUGGCGGCCGUCAGCCCAUCAUCCAGUGCGACUAUUGUCCUUGUGCUUUCCACAUGGAUUGCUGUGACCCGCCUAUGCCCAUGCCUCCCAUUCAGAAAGGCGGAAGUAAUCGUAGGAACCACAGCUGGAUGUGCCCUAACCACGUGUGGCAUGAUCUACAAUACUGGGUCAAGGACGAAGAGGGAUACGAUGUGCUAAAGCGCAUUCGUCGUCCGAAGCGACCCCGAAUGAUCGACGUCGAAGUCCUUCCAGAUGAGGAAGAGAUCGAGAAAAUGGAGGAACAGGAAGAGGAAGGUAUCAUGUACCGUGUGUCAGAGCGCGGUCUAAAAAUGGACUUCAUCCAAACAGUUAAGAGAAGAGAAAACGAAGAAUACAAGCUGAUGAAGGAGGCCGCCGGCAAAUAUCUGGACUAUGCCACCUCAGAAUUCGACAAGCUCGUGGCCAAGGCCAAUGCAUUCUACUCGUCCCAGAAGCCUGCUCUUCCGGAAGAGGACACAGCGGCUGCGAUCUUGAACUCACGCACUAUCGCUGAGCGGGAAGCGGCCGCGAACCUCAUCUCACUCGCACAGGGCGACGGACCUACUAGGCAAGGGCCUGAAGAUGGAAAGAUCGGCUUGCUUAUAGACCAACUCAAGGCAAACGCUCCGCCCGAUCUUCCCUCGGCCAACACGGAGAUCGCCUCUCUUCGUGCUCUACAGAAUUUAAUUGAACAACGCAUUCAGGUGCUGAAUGCGCAGUCGGAGCCGCCCCAGCCAGCCAGCACCGCCGUUCCAUCAGAGGAAUAACUUCAAAUAUCGUCACAGUCAAAUCCCAUCAUCGAAUCAAUUUACUCGGAGCCUAUUACAUUGCCAGUCACGGCAACUCUCUGUCGGGAACAGCCAUUCUGUUCUCGAUAAACAAACAGCAAAACCGAAAAAAGAAAAGAAAGAAACCAAAAAAUAUGACGAAAAAAUUCCAAAACACAUAUCAAAACAAAAGGACAAAUAAAAGAGAGGAAAAGAAACACCAGGCUAAUCCUCUGUGCAUAGAUUAAAAGCCACAACCGGUGUCUCCGCACUGAGACACUAUCGGUUGUCACAUAUUGGCGAUGAUUCGCCUUGUCAGUGUCACUUGCGUCAGACCACGUCAGCGCAUGCUUUA